AUGUCAAGCCAGCCCCUCCUACAGUCCGCUCCAGGCAAGAGAAUUGCGUUGCCAACUCGCGUCGAGCCAAAGGUCUUCUUCGCCAACGAGCGAACGUUCCUCUCAUGGCUCAACUUCACGAUCAUCCUCGGCGGCCUGGCUAUUGGCCUGCUUAACUUCGGCGACCGCGUAGGCCAGAUCAGUGCUGCACUCUUCACAUUCGUGGCAAUGGCUUCGAUGAUAUAUGCGCUAGUGACGUUUCACUGGCGAGCGCAGAGUAUUAGGAGACGCGGGCAGAGCGGUUUCGACGACCGGUUUGGGCCUACGGUGCUGGCUGUUGCAUUGCUGGCCGCUGUCGUUGUCAAUUUCGUCCUCAGGUUCAAGCAGGGUGGCGCUAAAUAG